AUGAUUGAAGCAAUCCUAGCCAUGAAUGCAAUGACUGUUGCAAUGGCCCAACAAGCUGCAGUUCAGGCUCAGCAAGCUGCAGUCCAGGGGGCGAGGCAAAUGAUGGAAGGAAACCACGAAGAGGUGACUUGGGAAGUCUUCAAGAGAAAGUUCUUGGACAAAUAUUUUCCGAAGAGUGCCAAGGCUGAGAAAGAAGCCCAAUUUCUGAGACUAUAUCAGGGAAGUCUCACGGUGUUCGAGUAUGCGGCAAAGUUUGAGUCCCUAGCAAAACAUUUUUGCUACUACCGUAACCAAAUGGAUGAAGAGUACAUGUGCAAGAGGUUUGAAAGCAGGCUCAUGUAUGAGAUUAAGGAGUAUUUGGAACCCCUAGAGAUACAUCAGUAUCAGGGAAAUGGUGACCAAGAAAAUAGAGGCAGACAGUUUCAACAGCAAAAGCCUUAUGCCCGCCCACAAGAAGGGCAUAGGAUAACUGAGAGUCCCGAAAGAACCAGGGUAUGUUAUGCCUGUCAAAAACUAGGCCAUCUUGCAAAAGGUUGUCGAGAGAAGGACAUUGUUGACAAUAAGGAUGUUGUUAACAACAAGGAUAUUGCAGGCCCUACUACUCGAGGACAUGUUUAUCAUAUUAGUGGAGAAGAAACACCAUCUUCCUCAGAAUUUAUUUAA